GAGGAUAGAGAUGACUUUUCCUAGCUGUGAUAUUUGUAUGCUUUUUAUACAGGGUCAAAGGUCAUUUUCUGCCAUUUCGGCGCAUGCUUAUUAGGUGCCUACCCUCGUGGUUGUCUUUCUUUCCAUUAUGGCUGCCCAAACAAGCAAAAAGAGGAAGUUCGUCGCUGACGGUGUGUUUAAAGCUGAGCUUAACAAUUUCCUAUCCCGAGAGCUGUCUGAGGAUGGAUACUCGGGCGUGGAAGUUCGAGUGACUCCCACCAGAACAGAGAUUAUCAUCUUGGCCACUCGUACUCAGAACGUACUCGGUGAAAAGGGUCGAAGAAUCAGAGAGCUCACAGCUGUCGUUCAGAAACGAUUUGGAUUCCCUGAAGGCACAGUCGAGUUGUAUGCAGAGAAGGUGGCUGCCAGAGGCUUGUGUGCUAUUGCCCAGUGUGAGUCCCUCCGUUACAAGCUCAUUGGAGGAUUGGCAGUACGACGUGCUUGCUAUGGAGUGCUCCGCUUCAUCAUGGAGAGUGGGGCAAAGGGUUGUGAGGUGAUCGUGUCAGGAAAGCUCCGAGGACAGAGAGCCAAGUCCAUGAAGUUUGUGGAUGGAUUCAUGAUCCACUCUGGAUUCCCCACAAAGGAGUACAUCGACAGUGCCGUCACUCACGUCCACUUGAGACAAGGUGUUCUUGGUAUCAAAGUCAAGAUCAUGCUUCCUCACGACCCAACUGGCAAGAGUGGGCCAAAGAAACCUCUACCUGAUCAAGUGAGCGUGGUGGAGCCUAAGGACGAUGUGCGUGUGACAGAGCCUUACUCCGAGCAGAAGGCAGGCAAACCAAAUGCACCAGUGGUCCCGGCGUUUGAUCAGCAAACACCUGCCCCCAUCCCUAGUGUAUAGAUGGACUGCAAUAUGCACAGUUCUAUAGUGUACGUGUGUUUUGAUGUUUAUACGAUGUUUUUUGAUGAUGUGAUCUGAAUUUUGGCUGCAAUA